CUCCCGGACGCUGCCUCUGCUGACAGGUCGCUGCACGGUCCUUCGACGCAUGAGCAGCAGCGCGCCGCACACCGCGAGGUUCAGUAGGAUGGUACCCAGGAUGAGCAGCACGCUGACAGCGCCGUACAGGACGCAAUACGCGACGGCCAUGCGCUUCUGUUUCCUCCAGUCAAUGAAGCACCAGGUGUUGGAGGGCUGCAACUCGCUGCUUGCCAUCCCCAUCACCGGGAGGCAGCAGAAGAAGAUGUGACUGAUGUAGAUGAAGAAAAGGAACUUUUGCGCAAAGCGUCGGUCAACUCCCCAUCUCUGGUAGGUGUACGGACAGCAGAUGGCCAGGUAGCGCUCUGCUGCCAUGGCACAGAUGAUGCUCAGCCCAGUGAGACCAAAAAACAGCAGUAAGAAAGAGUGAAACUCGCACACAUGUUUGUCCUUCAACACCUGCCGGUCCAUGUAGUUUGCAAUGGUGAGUGGGCUGGCGAGGCAUGUGCCGAGCAGGUCCGUCACAGCCAGCCCACACACCAGCGUGUAGAAAGCGGAGGAUUUCCUCUCCUGCCUCGACACUGAAAGGACAAUUAUUGCGAUCAAAUUUCCAAUAGCCCCUCCAGCGAACAUAAAGAUCGGUAAAUCGCUCCCUGUCUCGCGGCUCGGCGCGUGGAGCGGCUGGACUAGCGUGCCAUUUGUGGAGACAAGUCCCUGCGUAAAGUUCCGGUUCUCCAUACCCAAGUGCACCCCGAAACUGCUGUUAGUCAGCGCUAAUUCCACCAGUCUGUUUUGGCUUUCAAUGUGCAUUUCCCUUUUAACCUCCUGCACAACACAAGGAGUCAUGAGGGGUAUUUUCUCAGGAAGUCUCAUCCCCUGCUCUUUCCAGUAAUCCACAUGUGUGUGUGUAACCACAGCUGUGAGCGGAGAGGCGGGAUGUUUCUAAUAUACUGAACCACCCAGCAGCCUGAAAAAGACGGAUGGACGGGAUAAGAGGUUUCGAGCGAUGGGCUGACCAGAAGAUGGACGUUUUUUACGUCUAGUUUCCGUCCAAUGGGAGGAUGUUGGCGUCAUUACAGAGCUGCGUAAAGUUUAGGUCAGCUGCUGCACAGUGAGUGAAAGUGGAGAGACAGAGAGAGGCCCAUCCAGACUUUUCUCAGCCUCAGUGACAUGACUCAGAGUUGGAGUCCGGUUAAGUAGUGUUGGAGAAAAAACUGUUAAAGGUUAAGCACACAUUUUUACUCCCUUUUAAAGCCAAUUUAAAGGGAUAUUCCGGCAUAAAAUUAAUUUAGGGUCAAACACACCCUAACACCGAGUAAGACACCCCCUCCAGAGAUGAAUGUUGCUGACUACUUGCUUCUCUAGUUAUACCAACUUUAGUAAUGACCGGACAAUAGCAAUACACAGAGGUCUGAGGAGCCAAAACCAAACCACAACCAAAACGCCACUCUAUAGCCACAAAUAAUGCUCAGAACAGCACCUAACUUCAUCAACAGUACAUAUAGGGUCCCAGCCAUAGUACUAGUUUUGCCUAAUUUCUUUAGCAGAGAGACUAAACACAACUCACCCACUCUCUUCCAGCAGCUGCUUGUUUGUAGCGAGACCUCAGGCCAGUCCAUUACGGACUAUAGCGGGGUGACGCAGUUCAAGGAAGAACAUUUAUGAUCAUUUCUAAGUGGAAAUGAAAUCAGACCAAGACACUAAGGCAGAAGAACUACCGUGUCUGCAGUGCAAAAUGAUUAAUAUGAUGAUUAUAACUUCAAGGAAAUGAUAGAGUAAUGAUCAUAAAUGUUCUUCCUUGAACUGCGUCACCCCGCUAUAGUCCGUAAUGGACUGGCCUGAGGUCUCGCUACAAAGAAGCAGCUGCUGGAAGAGAGUGGGUGACUUGUGUUUGGUCUCUCUGCUAAAGAAAUUAGGCAAAGCUAGUACUAUGGCUGGGACCGUAUAUGUACUGUUGAUGAAGUUAGGUGCUGUUCUGAACAUUAUUUGUGGCUAUAAAGUGGCGUUUUGGUUGAGGUUUGUUUAUGGCUCCUCAGACCGCUGUGUAUUGCUAUUCUGCGGUGGUUACUAAAGUUGGUAUAACUAAAGAAGCAAGCGGUCGGCAACAUUCAUUUCUUGAGGGGGUGUCUUACUUGGUGUUAUGGUGGGUUUGACCCUAAAUUAAUUUUACGCCGGAAUAUCCCUUUAAGAAACACAUCCAACCAAAUGAAGAAUCUACAUUUUAACUAACAGAUGUAAUUCAAAUCAGAGACAUAAGAGAAGAGCAUGAUCCAGUUUUCUUGCACUGAUUUUUUCCUCUUGAAAAACUCCCCUCUUGGCAAACAGGUGAAAUCCAGACAGCUGAAACAGAGAGAAUCUCAGUUACUGGAAGAAGGAGACUCCUAUUUCCUCUGCAGUUAUUAAAUUCCACUGUCACAAAGGAGGAUUUGAGGAUUUGGUCAACAGUGCUAGCACACAGCCUACAGAGGCAAAUCCAAAAUAAUUGAACCACAGAUGUCAGCAUUAUAUAAAGUAUUUUCCACCAUUAUGCUAUAUGCUGCCCUUUUUUAUUUACAGUGCUCAAAAUCUGAGGAAAAGCUCAUUGCAGUGAAUACAGGUGUUUUUCUGUAUAAUACACACUAGGACACAACAUAGUUGAAAACCUAGCAGCAACUUCUGGUGCAAAAAUUGAAGCCAGUACUGAAGACUGCUGUAGGAGCCAAAUAUGUUGCUUUGAUACCAUAUGAUAAGUUGCAGUUCAAUUUGUGUGCGUUGGGUGUCACUGUCUUGUUAUCUCGGGACCCAUGUCACUGUUGUGGGCAGGUGUUUGACCCAGAAGGGCCAAAGGUUUUUGACCGCCGUGGCGCUAAUUUUCUGGCGUUUUCCUUGUUUGUUCAGUGUUGGAUAUCAGUUGCAAAAUGGAUUUGGUUUUGUUCAUCGCAAUAAAUUUUUUGUUUGCUGAAUCCGAGGAACAGCAUACAGACUUUUAAUGAUCAUCAAAACUCAGUAGCGCGGCACGUCAACCAGAUAACUCUGGGUCAAGCAUCUCAGUAGCUUAAAGUAUCAACUUAGCUCCUACAACUGCAGUUCCUCAAGUGUCCACUUGAGGCUGGCACAAAAAAACAAGGAAACCCCGCAGAAGCUCAAGAUAAAAUAUUCAUUAUUUCAGCAUAAUCAAACAUGUUGAUUAUUGUGUUGAAUCCUAAUAACUGCGCAUAGUUGAUUUAAAAAAAAAAAGAAACAACUUGUAUGUAUUAAUGAUCUAUAGGCUAAGAUCUAUGUUAGGCAUGGGUAAAGCAGGGGUAAUUCAUCUGACAGGUGGGUGUGUUGCUGGUGUUUGACGGACAGGUAGGCUAUGACCUCAGCUCAUCCUCUCCACCUCUUCUUUAGGGUCUUGUUUGGAUCAGACCAGCACAGUUAUAAAUGAAAAAAUUAGUGUCUGUGUUUGAAAUAUAACCUGCCAUCAUUCAGGUCGGCAGUUUGAACAGAUUUCCCUCUGAGACCCAGGUUUAAUGGUUUUUUAAUGGUUUUCUGCUGCCUAAACACUCUUUCCAUGGAAAGGAACAACUACAGUAAAGUGCAAUAACUAUUUUCUCAGACUUCCUGAAACUGCAGUGGUGAGUUGCACGUGUGAAUGCAGACAGUCACAUUUUUCACUUCAACUUUACCAGAAUUCUUCCCGCCAGCCCCUUCGUAUGAUUUCGGGGUAAAAUUAAAGUGAGCUCACAGGACUUUACAACAUGUCCUUUGUUUUUGUGGACGGUAAUUUCCCACUGAUGAGCCUGUGUGCUCUGUCCCAAACAUAGAUGACUGUAAAAGGCUGUCCAGGUCGAGCAGACGGCUGAUGGACACUGUUGAACACACAGGACGUCAGUGCACUCCGCCUGCUCCGAUUCUCCAGCCGUCUCACAUUUAUUACAGUCUGACUUUUGUUUACAGUGAAGAGCAGCGAAGAGGCCUCUCUGUGUGCAGUCAGCCUUAAAAGACAAACACGACACCUCUCUGAGAGGUAAACCAGUGCUGCUCAUCUCUGCUGCAGACAAAAGAGAGGCUGGCAGACACUAAAAACAACCACUUAGGUGAUGCCAUGGAUUCAACAUAGACUGGAAUGUCCUUAAGCUGAAGUGAAUCAUGGGAUGCACAGGUCAUCCCUGCAGGGUUUAAAGUUUCCUCAGUGUCAUAGAGGAAAUUAGUCCAUUACAAAUGCACUUAAAAUGCACUAUCUAUGUCUGUGAUCUCUACAGUGGCUGGAUCUGUACAAACAUGUAUACAUUUUAAAGUUGGACAUGACAUUAAAAAGUCUAAAUGUUUAUCCUGAGGGACCAGGAGGAUGGUCCCUUUUCAGUGAGAGCGACUGGGUGGCAGAUUUGGUUUCUUCAGGCUCAGCUGUUUUCUUGAACAUCCUGUGGUUCAUUUUGUCCUUUUUAUGAAAGACAUUUUAGUUUAUUUUUAUUCUGAGUACAUGACUUCACUUCUUAAGUUUUCUAUUGCUGCUCAAUCAGAGUUUGAAAACUUCUAUUUUUAAUACUACAUUGCAAUCGAAACAAAUUUGUCAUGACAGACCAUUUUCCCUAAAGGUACAUUUAAUAUUUUUCUUUUUUUUUUUUCUCAGUAUGUCAGUAUCCACCUUAACCUGACUCUGUGUUUUCAUAAAUCAAUGGCUUUUAGCAAUCAAUAAUUCCAUGCACCCAACCAGAUCUGUUUUAUUUGCAUCUAUCAGAGUUUCCCACAGUGGCACAGUAUGUACCCACAGUAUGUCCAAAGCCUUAUAUAUGUUUUGCCUAAUUUAAACAUUUCCCUCGAGUUCAUGUCUUACAUUGUCCACAAGAAAGGGAGCACCACUAACUCUCAAUGAACUAGACCUUUGACCUUAAACCAUCAAAACUGAAUUAGUUUGUCUUUGAGUUCCCUACUGGAACCCUGUCAAAAAUGUAAAGAAAUGUAAAGAAGUUGAAAGAAGAAAAGCUCUUUAUUAACCACAGCUCUCACCCAUUUGGACAAGCGGUUUAUACACCCCAUGUACAGAGGCUGCAGCUCUCAAAGCAGCAGGUUCAGCCUCCACCUCAAUUAUCUGAUGCAUGAAAUUUGCUCCUUUCUCUUUCCUGAUCCUAAAACUAUGCACAGUCCUCACUUCAUAAUAAAGGGUUGAAAAUCACAACAAUUCACGCCGCCCAUGACCACAUGAAAGCCUGAAGUAUACACAGGUCAGCACUGCAGUCUGUAGGUUUACUCGCGUUGCACACAGCAGCAGUCACAGUUUUUUAAUUACAGAUAAUUCAAAAGUGUAAAGGAGAGUAAAAUCUAACCAAAGAUGGUAAUUUAAGAUUUAAGAUUUUUAUUUUUGUCAGCCAUCUGCUGAUCUGUAAGUGUUCGUGUAAAGGGAGUUUAGGGAUUUAUUUGGAAAAGGAAAAUCACACACUGCUCUUUUUUGGAAGUUAGCCCAAAGGAUCUGCUGGGUGUCUUAAAACUAUAAGGCACUCCAGAGUCAGGAGCUUUGGUCUGAGAUACAUGAACAGAAAGAACAACCAGAGCUGAGACUCAUCGAAGACUUGUGAGAAAGUGUACGCAGUCACGACAAAACAAAUUUAAUAUAAUGUCAGCUAGCAAGUUAGCUACUUCAAGUUGCUAUUUUUCCAAGCUAACAUCAUGUUAUCCAAGAGCUCAAGGUUUUACGCAUUUAUAGAAAAAAUAAUAGCAGCAAAUUUAGCUCUCAGCUAUCUCAGCCACUGGUUAGAUAAUAAUAUCGAUCAGGUGCUUUGUUGAACAUGCUAGCUGUUGUUAGCUAAUAGGCUAGUCAGUAUGUUGUGUUGCGAACCGCGUACUCUCUGCCAAAGUCAUUCAGGUUUUUUCUUAACUCACUGAGCUUUAUUGACAAGACCGCAAAACAGCAACAGUGAUAUAAUGUCAGCUAGCAAGUUAGCUACGUCAAGUUGCUAUUUUUCCAAGCUAACAUCAUGUUAUUCAAGAGCUCAAGGUUUUACGCAUUUAUAGAAAAAAUAAUAGCAGCAAAUUUAGCUCUCAGCUAUCUCAGCCACUGGUUAGAUAAUAAUAUCGAUCAGGUGCUUUGUUGAACAUGCUAGCUGUUGUUAGCUAAUAGGCUAGUCAGUAUGUUGUGUUGCGAACCGCGUACUCUCUGCCAAAGUCAUUCAGGUUUUUUCUUAACUCACUGAGCUUUAUUGACAAGACCGCAAAACGGCAACAGUGAUAUAAUGUCAGCUAGCAAGUUAGCUACGUCAAGUUGCUAUUUUUCCAAGCUAACAUCAUGUUAUCCAAGAGCUCAAGGUUUUACGCAUUUAUAGAAAAAAUAAUAGCAGCAAAUUUAGCUCUCAGCUAUCUCAGCCACUGGUUAGAUAAUAAUAUCGAUCAGGUGCUUUGUUGAACAUGCUAGCUGUUGUUAGCUAAUAGGCUAGUCAGUAUGCUGUGUUGCGAACCACGUACUGUCUGCCAAAGUCAUUCAAGUUUUUUCUUAACUCACUGAGCUUUAUCGACAUGACCGCAAAACGGCAACAGCGACAAAAUUAACUAUGAAGAUAAAUAUUAAACAUACCAAAACAAAUACUCAAACAAAUUAGUGAAAAUCAAUUUUUUUUAAUAAAAAUAAAAGUAAUAAUUCACAAUUACUAAAAUUUAUAACAGUAAAAUCAAAUAAUAAAGGGAAUAAUACAAACAGUACAGUACAUUUGGUCUGUUUUCAUAACACUGCCAAGUUUUAAAUCAGCAGAUAUGACAAUUUCAGAGUCAUCAGAUCAAGUGUGUCUUUGCAUAAUAGACUGGGACCCCCGAUGGAUGCCAUGGUGCUUCUCAAUAAAGUGUGGUAUUUUUUAUUAGUUCCUGAGAAAGGAUACCAAAAUCAAAUAAAAAUAAUUGUUCAACAGAAAAGGGGAGUGGGGGGAGCGCAGAGAUAUCAUUACAUUGGAAACAAUAAACUUCUUCUGUGACUGAUGAACAAAAGAGUUCAUAACACUGAAACCACACCAGACCCUUUUAAAACAGUAAAUUACCAUUUUCUGCCCAUUAAGGAGCAGCUGAAGGGAUUUAUUCUAAUUAGUGACCCCUCUUUGACAUCAAUUCUGAGUCGUAAAUUAAAUUCUAAUGAUAUGAAUGCAUUGUAACUUGGGUUGCAUCAUUUUUACUCGGAACCUCGAGGAUGUUUCAGCACAUUCCCAACUCCGUGUCUGAAGAAAUAUGAAUCCAUUAACUUCUGCUGAUACAUUGUAAGAAAGCUGGUUUGAAGAUAAAUUACCAAAGAAUUCCCAAAGUUUAUGUCUCUCAGGGUACUUAAAGCCCCAAAGCAAACAGAGUUUGUCCCUGCAGUGCAUUAUUUCUUGGCACUGGUUUUCAUGAUGCGGUAAGCCAGUGAUCAUUUUCAGCUGACGAACUCCUACUCCUCAUUUUUUUUCAACACCUGUAACAACUUUCUUAUGAAAAAUCUGAAGAGACUCUCCCUCCUUUUUUGAGAUCUUCCUCCCCUUUGCAUAAAUACAACUACUUUUACUGCCAAUCAUGUUUCUGUCAGCUCUUUCUCUAGUUUGUGAUUCAUGUUUUUUCUUUGUGAUUGGUUAAUGUGUGAUUCUGUUGAAACCUCAUUGAAAACCAUCACCUGUACAUUGGUUUUAGACACAAAAGCACAAGAUCGCUGUUCUCUUGGAUCUCAAACUUCCUGCUGCUCUCUUGUCUUCAUAUCGAGCUGUCUGUUUCCGGCUGAAAUAUUACAUACAAUGUAUGACAUAGGAUAAGAAGUGACGCAGUUCAUGGUAAAUCGCAAGCGCUGUAAUCCCUGUCUGCUUCCUGGCCUCCAGAGGGUCCCUCAGGGGCCAGAACUUUGACUUUCUUUCAAAAACCACAGUGGGACAGCGGAUGCAGAUUGUGUGUAUGUGUGCAUGCAUGUGUAUGUUUGUGUGUCUCCAAGAAAAUGAUCACUGCAGACAGUAAAUGAGGUGAUUCAAUUAACCUUGAAGUUCAGAACAGCAGUCACAUUACAGUCUAGUGAGGAAAUGCCGUUCAGCUUAUAGGCCAUGUAAAGAAUGAACAUAUAGUUUCAUUGACGUCACCUCUUGGUUUCUGGAGCUGAAUUUUUCACCUACUCAUUAACAAAACUUGUAACUUUAAUAUCUUUAUAACUGAAGACUUACGAAAAAUUGACCCCUUCUGUAAAUGAGUGUGUAUGUGACUGUUUGUGCUUUUGUGGCCAACCCCAAGUGGACACUUGAGGAAUUGCAGCUUUUAGCACGCUGCUUUAUUUCCCAAAACUGGAGUUUGCUGGUACGGAUGAAAGAAGUUAAACCCCACUUCCCGCUUGCAAAACUGACCUCGCCCCGUUGACCAUGCUGUCUGAGAAAGUAUUAUAUAUCCAAGGUGGCGGCCUUAUUACAGCAAUCAUUCAGGAGGAAACAAAUCUACAAGGCUCGAUGGUUGAUUUCAAAGAACUUAUUUUUAAUAAGUAAGACUUCAGAGCUAUUUUUUAUACCCAUUUUAACCAGUGUUAGUCAUCUCUGAGGAAUGUCUUUAAUUUUUUGACCUUUUUUGGUGAGGGUCCUGGUUGCUUUAUUGGUGCACUUGCCCAACAGCAAAUUUCUUUAUCUUUUAUGCUGAUUUCUUCUGACAACCUCAUGGUGACCCUUGUGCUGCUGAAACACUCCAGGGGCUCUUGUAGAUAUAAUACCUUCUGAACAGUUCCCGAAAUAAGGCAGCCAGUUCUUCAGCGGUAAUAAUUAAUAGUCUUAAGUUCUCUGGCUGAAUCUUAUAAUACAUUACCUAUCAAGAUAUCCAGCCUGGAUCCAUCAGACUGCAGCAUCUUGAGACCAAAACAUUAUUCAUAGCAAACUUCUUGAGAUGACGGUCUCCAUGCAACUCUUCUAAGUAUUAUUACAAAACAACAUUUAUGAAGAGUCCCAGUCUGGGUAGAGACAGAAACAUGACUACUCUCAUUGAUUUGGUCUGUGCUACGGCCUCGUGCAGCUUGAUUUGCUGCUUCUGAUGCAUCUGAGCAUCAAGAUGGUUUACCUGGGCAAACUCUGAUGGGAUUUUCUUCUUUUGUGUCAAGUGGUUCAUUUUAUGUUUCCACUGGUAUUCAUGGUUCUUCUCCCUGCUACGUAUUGUAUCAUGGAGUCCCUCAGGGGUCAAUACUUGGACCAAUUGUUGUUUGUUUUUCAUACUCUUUCUGUAUGUCACUUGUCAAAUGAUAAGUUAGAUCCUGUCACUCAUCUAUAUUCUCUCCUGUCUGUUGAUUGUAAGGUUUUGUGGACAAAAUCAACUUGAAGGAAAAUUUUAUUUUAAAACUCCAUUCUCCCAAAAAUUUGACUGAACAUAAAUCAGAAAGUAAGAGCCAUCAUUGGGUUCAACAUUCCUUUUUUUUUUGUUUGUUUUUCUUCUGGGGAUUCAAAACUUUUUUAUCCACUCAAGAGGUCACGUAGUUUCCACAACACCCAUAAGAACACAUAAUCCUUCAAUUUGAGCAUGAACAUGAAAACCCUCAAAAUUAGGGGUAGGAGGUUUCAUGCAAAAGCAACUGGCUGAGUGUCUUUCAUCAGUGGUUGUCAGACGUGGGAAACACGUGAUCGCCCCAAGAAUCUCUCAGAUCGACAUUUACACUUCACCCUUUUUUAUAGAAACGUUUCAUUUGCAGCUUAUAGUGAAUCAACUACUGUUCAGUUGUUUUUAUAAAAAUGUUUUCUGAGACCACAUUGAUGUCUUAUCCUGCAGGCUGAUGUUAAAGAGUUAGUUUUUAAUUAGCUGUGAUAAUUAUGGACCUAAAACUUAAACGUUUGCAGAGUUGUUGUUUGUAAAAGCCACACAAACAACUUAAGUGGUAUGACAUUGUAGCACAAUACAUAACACAAAGAAAGAAAGUGGAAGCUCUUUUCAUCACCCCAGGUCAGUUGUCAGUAGUUCAGAAUGAAACCAGAGCUGUACCCGGACAUUAAAGAUCUCAGUGUCUCAAUAUUUUAUCAUAAAAUAACCAGUUUAAUAAAGACAUUUGUUUAGGUCUUUACACUUAUUUUUCUUGUUUCUUGUUUACUGUCAGUGUUGGGAAGUGCUGUGAAACCUUUAUCCCACAUUUAUUUUCUUUUUGAAGAGGAAACUUGAACUUCUCUGAGAGCUUAAUGACACUAAUCUGCUUGACUUCUUCAUGCCUUCUUUGUUUACCAUGGAUUGACUCAUAAAUUUGAUUGAGUUUGGUAUUUUAUGUCCUCAGGACUUCCUGAACUCUCUACGGUUCUGGCAUCUGUCUGACCUAGAUCUUCUGUGGUUGUGUAUUAUUUUAACUUAAAGAGAAUCCUCUCAUUUAGUGAAGAUCUUCAGCUAAAGCCCUUACUCAUCUGAAUUACAACUCUUCCUGAUUCUGGAGAGUCUGAACAAAUUUGCCUUGCUUCCUGUUGCUCCAUCAUUAAGUGGUCUGAUAGGUAAAUAUUUAUUUGAGAAAGUGCAUUUCUUGUCACUUGAGCCAUGUUUUAGUUUUAAGAGUCUCACAGCAAAACUCGUCUGUUAGAGAGGCUUUACAGGAUCAUGUAAUAGUUUAUAUACAUCAAGUUUAGCGUAUUUGAGGCGUAUCUGAGGCUCUGACGGAAGAUAUGUUAAGUAUUUGCUCAAUGAGGUCAUAGUGACGUUAUCAGGAGCGCCUUGACCUUGGCUUGAGAGACACGUGUUUUACUGACAGCAGUCGGACUUACUGAAAGGACAGGGUGUUUUGAUGUCAUAGUGAUGAGGGUUCAAAGAGUGAUGUUUAGGCUUAAUAAUGGGUAGAGUAAGACUCAGUACUUUUGGAGUUGAAGUUCACAUAGAAAGUGCUUAUAGUUCAGUUCAAUCACUGACAUUUCUAAAUCUAAAUGGAUUAUAAAAUUCAGUUAAGAAAAUUUCAUAUUAGUGUGUUUCACCAAUAAAAGAUAAGUAAAAACCAAAUGAAUCGUGAAUGAAAUGAAUGCGUAAUGACAAGCAAAAAGAUAAAUCAGAUAACUGCUAGAUUUUGCAACCAGGAGUCUCAAAAUCAUUGAAAAGGGAGUUUUUGACCAUCUGUCCUAUCAGGGUGUUCAGGUAGAGUUUUUAGCUCAGCUGCUGUAACCUCAUGAAGCCUGUCCUUAAGGGAGUCACAUGACCUUAUCCCCAGCGCCAUGUGCUGACAGUCAUUCCUUUUAAAGUGUCUCAAGUUUUUUUUUAAAGGGUUCUCAUGUUUUCAAGUGGAUGUUAAUAUAUCACCAGUGAAUCUUCAGCCUGACCUUUGACUCUGAGAAGCUCUGACUAUGCGCUGGAGCAGGGUCAGAGCGGAGACGAACUCCAAGCAGGUGAGGUGAUCGAACAUUUUCUUCUUUGCAUUUUAAUCAGACAAAUCAUAUAACCCGUCUGAGCUGAUGUCUUAUGUUCUUUUGCAGCGAACUACCAUAGUACUCUCUAAACAGAAGUGGUCAUGAUGCAGACAGAGCAGUCAGCUGGGAGUUGUCCUGCCCCGGGCCAAGCUGCUGUCAAGACUUGGGUCCCCUCCAACACAAGAGGUAUGAGUGCUCUGCUGUUGUUUAAUAUCAGGAAUGUCCUGAGCAGAUUUAGCUCAAAGUUGUACAGUUUGAAAGUUGUUUUAAAUCCAACUCUUUAAAAAAAAAAAAAACACUAGAAACCUGCACCAUUGCACAGAUUUUCAACUUUUGCACCGUCACAAAAAGCCAGCUGCAGUUUGAGUACUUUUCUAGUGAUGACAGUAAUCUUCCUGAAAAUACACAAUCUAUCCUGUUGGGUUGGAAGUUUUUUUUUAUUUGUUUAUUUAUUAAUUUUCUAAUAAUAAUUGAUAAAUUUUGACAUUCGUUUGACUAUUAAUUUGGACUUUUGAGCCUGGGUCCCUGAACUAUCGCUGUUCCACAUUAUAUUGAUUAUUUCUUUGAAUGACAUGAAUGAAUACCUGUAUCUUUCUCAAGUGUCUUUAAUUACAAAAGACUCACUCUGGGAAAAAAUCACACUGUGUCUUUUUCUCUGAGAAUAGAUUAAACUUCUUUGAAGUUGGUUCUAUAGUUAAAUACAAGGUCUGUACACAGUGUAACCCUAUUAAACUGUGUGUUUAAACGCUGUUGUGUAUAGUACAGUAUGUUCACGGGUUUGAUGGUGUCAUGAGAAAUGGUGGCCCACAUAGGAAUCCCUGUUUAUGUCGCUCCUCCUGAACAAACUGAGCAGACUUUUCUCUGGAUAGAAUCCAGCCGUUCCAGCUGUUUGGGAAACACUGUGUUGAUGUCACUUGUUGAGAUCCGAAGUAAAGUAUAACUGGAAAUCAUUAAACACAUCUCCAACUUGGUGACCAUUAAGUGGACUAAUGUCUGUUUGCUGUGAAACCUCCAUGUUUUCCGAUUCUGCAAACAACUGAUUCAACAGCAAAGCUGUUUCCUCUUAGAUUCAAAACGUAAAUCCUUCACAGUCUGUUUAAACACUUUUCAGGCAUGUUAAACAUUUACCAUCAUGAGCUAUGAUGAUUUUAUGAGAGCAAGAUCGCUAUAAGUAAGUUCUAACGCCAAUCUGUUCCUUUAAAACCUGCAGAGUCAGAUUUUUAUGAUGAAAUACUGCAGCAAAGGAAGCCAGUUGCUGUGUGGUCAUUUUAUGUCGGUUAGUUUUGAAUGUAAAUGCAUAUUUAUGUGAAAGUACACAACUCACAUUAAUUCAAGUGCAAACCUGUGCAAAUCAUAAGUGCUCUAAGCAAACAAGUAAAAUAUGUAAAAACAAGAGGCAAAGGCUGGCACAAGGGGUUGGUAAGACGCUGCUUUGGAGUAUUAGAUGUUGUGAUACUAUAUGAUAUGAUAUGAUACGAUAUGAUACUAUACGAUACGCUAUACGAUACGAUAUACGAUACGAUACAAUGUGUUAUAAUAGGAUAAAACAGGACACCGUACAAAUGAUUCCGUUCAAUACAAUGAUAUGAUAUACUGUAAAUUGACACAACACAACAUGAUACAAUAUGACACAAAUGAUAUGAUGUGAUACUCUUUGUUUCAAUUGGGAAAGUUGUUUUGAUCUGAAGUGCUGCACAUGCUCCACAAUAAAAUAAGAGUGAAUAAAGAUUUGGAGCAUAUUGUGUCUAAGUACAACCGAUUUGCGCAAAACAUGAUUCACACUCGGUAAAAAAAUUUGGUUUCUCCCAUCAUAAACUUUUAAUCGACUUUAAUGUGAGUAGAUAUAAGUGCUUAUCUACUGUCACAGUUCCACUUCAAACUGAUCAUUGCUGCUGAUAUUUAUGAGACAAAUGGGUUUACUUGGAGAAUCUGUACAAGCCAAGGUAAAGAUACAAAACUGAGAUUUAAUUGGCAGAGGUUUCCAGGUCAGUGUCAUUGAACAUGAGGAAAAAAGGAGCUGCUUUUUAAGUUUCUCAAAGUCCCCAGGUCAGGUCACUGGCGGAUUGUUGGUUCAUGGAUUGUGUAUUUUUGCUGAACAUUAAACUAAACAGUGACUAAAAGCCAGUAAAUUCUUACACAACGUAAGUGUGGCUGUUUAAGAGGUGACCUUUGUUACAACGAGACGUAAUGACAUUACCAUAAUCGCUAAAUUGGUGUUUUUAUUCCAGGAAAUGAGAUGAAACAUUGACCAAGGAUCAGUCAAACACUCGCUCAGCAAUUUACACACACUUACAUAACACGCACAUGCACAUACACUUCCCAUGAAAAAUACAAUAAGCACAUAAACACAAACUUAUUUGCGAUGAGUGAUGUAUAAACACAGACAAAAAUGUUCUCAUAUAAACAAAAACAGACGUACUACACUGCGAACAAAGUCACAAAGACAAGAAAAAAACAAUUUUACAGUAAAAGACAAAAGUUUAAUUAUUUCAAAAACACAAAUAUACGCACCUAAAUUCAACAAAAACAUUUUUAAGACGCACAAAUACACACAGACAGUUUCCUCUUUGCUCUCUCACAGAUUUCUUCUCCUCACUUGACCUCUUAUCUCCUCUCUUCAUGUUUCCCAGGACCACCGAGUGAGGCCGUCUCCCGUUUCCAUGGAGACGGGGUUCGGUACAAAGCCAAAGUGAUCGGCAUCGACCCCGUCGCUGACGCUCAGGGAGAAAAGAUGUGCUGGGACUCAAUGAUGAAACUGAAGGUAUUUUAUUUCCUGCACAACCAAAACAACAUUUUUCUCAGCCCAUAACUGUAAACGGACAUUUUACCCGAAAAGUAAUUAAAGAAAAUAUGACAUCAUUAUGUCACAUUAGUGGAUGUUAUGACUUGAGGCGACUCAGGGGUGAUUAACAAAGACCUUUUUCAUUGCUAUUUCAUUGGUAGUCCUUUUUACAUUGCCAGGUCAAGACACAAUAUUCAUGUUCCUGUAUGUGCUUUAGAUACGACUGACACAGAGGUGGUGAUGGUGGGACCAAAUUAUAGACUGUAUAUAUAAGUCAAAAAGCUCUUGGUAUUUCUGCGUUCUUUCUUCAUUUCCUUAAACCAACAUUGCACAGUAGUGUUGUACGCAUUCGGCGGGAGAGUUGCCAAGAGUCGCUGUGAUGACACUCGGCCCAAACAGCGUAUCCCUCAGGGUGAGCUACGCAAUCCUCCUAUGCCCAUAGGCUGAAUCAAGUGUCAAUCAAAGAAAACAUGAACCCCCUAAUAACUUUUAAAAAUGGAGCUGUACAGAAAGAAGAGGACUUGAGCUCAAACCAGUCUUACAGUAACUACAUGUCAACAUCACAACCGGGUGGAGAGAAAUUUAUAUUCUGUGUAAUAAAUUUCUAAAGUUUGUCCACAGCCCCAUACGCUUUGCUAGAGGAGGCGGGAUUUAUGAUCUAUACUGCAGUCCAUCACCAGAGGGUGCUGUUCUCGGGGUGGCUUCACCCAGCGAGGAGGCAGACGGCGUAUAUUCUAUAUACAGUCUAUGGACCAAAUCAUUAAACACUGUGCUGGCAUUGGAGGUACUGAUGCAGCAGCAAUCGACCCCUGAAAAAUAAAGCUGAUUUGGGGGCUAAAGAUCAAAAAUAAACAUCUUCCGUUUUGGUCUGAAUUGCUCACGGCUUCCUCUGAACAGGGAGUGGAUUAUUUUGUAACACGUUUGUUUUGAAGUUAUAAAGGUUAGUGAAGCAGAGACUUUUACACAGUUAUGAUUCCCAAUUAGUGAUAAAGUUGACAGUCACCAGAGAGAAGAGCAGGGUUUUUCAUCAGACACCCUAUUUAAGCACGUUCAGGACAAGACCAGCAUUGAGACCUGGUAUACAUUUGUCAAUAGGGGGCGCCAGAUUCAAAUAAACUGCAACAUCUUCAUAGAGAGCUUAAAAAGGUUUACAACAAAACCGGCUGUUUCCAGAUGUGCAUCACUGACAGAGACACACUGAAGUCUCUCUGAACAGACCAACAUUUGCUUUAUGUGUAUCAGCUGGAUAUUGAAUUGAAGAGGCUAAUAUUCAUAUGAGCAUUUAUUUGUGUAUUUGUUCAUACUUAACGUAAAAUUUAUACAAAUUUUUUUUUUCUUGAACAUUUUAGGGUUGUUUCUGCUGAUAGGUGAAAAAAGGGGCGUCCUGAAUUCCCCUUCCUUUUGACUGAUAGUUAUCAAAACAUUGCAAAAAAUUUAAAGUAUUAUUAAAUGAUGAAAAAUAAACUGGGCAGUGAGAAAAUUCCCACAGUGGAAAAUGAGCCUCUGACAUAUCUGACAUGCUGCUAAUUCCUGAUGUCAUUAACUCUAGUCCCUUUAAUCUCACAGGACUUUGAAUGAUCCAGAGGGAUUUUUUUUUUUUUGAUCGUCUUUCUGAAAAAAAAAAAAGAGCAAAAGAGAGAGAGAGAAACAAAAACAGAUGAACUGAUAACCCAGACAUGGUCUACAGGGGCUGAACAUUUCAGGAGGAUCAGUAACAUUCGUUAUUAAUUUCCCAGAGUCAAACAUGUGACAUCCUCGAUCACAGUGCCUUGAAAAAGUAUUCAUACUCCUUGAACUUUUUCACAUUUAGUCACUCUACAACCACAAACAUAAAAGUAUUUUAUUGACAUUGUUUGUCAUAGACCAACACAAAGUAGCACAUAACUGUGAAGUGGAAUGAAAAUUAUACAUGUUUUUUUAAAACAUUUUAACAAAUAAAAAUCUGAAAAAUAUCCAAAGCUUGCAGCUGUAAUUGCAGCAAAAGGUGGCUCUACAAACUAUUGACACAGGGGGGCUGGAUACAAAUGCACACCACAUUUUUCAGAUUUUUAUUUGUUCAAAUUUUUUAAAACCAUGUAUCAUUUUCAUUCCACUUCACAAUUAUGUGCUAUUUUGUGUUGGUCUGUGACAAAAAUAUCUCAAUAAAAUACUUUUAAGUUUGUGGUUGUAGAGUGACAAAGUGUGAAAAAGUUCAAUGGGUAUGAAUACUUUUUCAAGGCAAUCUAUAUUUAAGCAAGUGGCUUAAAAUGAUGUCCUCACUUUAUUUUCAUUUAAUUUCAUUUUUCCAAUACACUGACUGGAAAGGUGCAGAAUGAAGCAAACUUAUAAUUUUUAAAGAAUAAAGGUAGAUUUAAAAAUGUGCAGUGCCCUUCAGUUAUUAUGUUUGUAUAAAAGUCAAAUUUAUCUGUAGACAAAAUUAUGUUAUAAAUAGUUAGAAGGUGCAGGAUUAGGUUGUUGAACCACUAAACUUUAACAGGACGUGAAAACUGUAAUCGACCUGAUACAUACACACUAUUCGUACAGUCAAGACUCAAACACAUGAAAGUUGGCCCUUCAGUAGGUUCACAGUUUUGUAAUAUGUGUUAACAACACUUAGGCUUGUGACUGCGAAGUACGUUUAUUGAGGUGGUUGAUACUGAAGGAGGAAGUCAGAAGUAAGUCAGUUUUGCCUGAUGAGAAAAAGAGUUGAGGCGCAGCUGGGUUUUAAUAUUAAUCACACAUGGGUGCUUUUUUUGGAUGCCUCAGGCUUGUUGCGCUUGUUUCAUCUUGCUGACGAUCGCCCUGGUGAAGGCCUGAGUAAGUGUCAAAGCCAUUUUAAUCCAUCCUGAAGGUUUGCGUUGGUUUUCUCAAAUGAGAGGGAGUCAUAUGUUUGUUUUGUUGUUCUUUUAAUUUCAUGUCAAAAAUGCUUUUAGCUAACUCAACUGUAACAUUUCAUUUUUCUUGUGAAUAAUGAUGUUUGUACAGAUUUUCCCUGAACCAGAUGGAGCUUUAGUCAGCAAAAACUCUGGCAUCCAGGCUAUCUUGCAGUGACAAAAACACAUGUUACAGUCUAUUUAUUUAGAUAAAUAAUAAUGUUUUUACACGUCAUAAAAACUACUUUGAAGUUUGGAUGGAUCUCUUUUAACCACUCGUCUUCUCAUCUCCCCUCCAUGUUAGGGUUUAGAGGCUGCAGCGAGGAAACAAGGAAGACACAAGCAGAGAAUCUGGUUGAAAGUUUCCUCCAGCGGCCUGAAGAUUACGGAUGAAAGGACCGGGGUUAGUGACACUGGCUCAUUCCCACCUAAUAGCGCCCCCCUCAGCGUGACAGUUUAGGUUGAAAAGUUUCUGACAUGUAACCACAAAGAUACCUGUGGUUUUUCCAGUUGACUGAAAAUACUUGUAAACACUUAGUCGAAUUUCUCCAGAAAAUGUAGAUUAUUCAUAUAACAGCCAUAGACCAUGACCUUUCAUGAAAGGUCAAAAUCUGAUUUCUUUUUCACCUGGAAGCAUUUUAUUUGGCAUUUACACUUCCUCUUAUUUAUUGUUUUCUUCCAGUUUAUAUUUUUGUCUUUUUAUAUCUGUGUUCAGAAAGGAUAGGACAGCAGGAACCGGGAGAGUGAGUGAAUAAUGACACACUGUAGGUUGUUUCCUUCAGGCCUAAAGCCUUUGCACAUUCAUAACCUAACCACUGGGCCGAACUGGCGCCCCACAUUUCCUGUUUUAAUUAUAGAGAGGAAUGAAAACGUGUUGAAUGAAACAAGGAAGUAUAGUUUUCCAUGUAAAAUUGAAACCACACUUUAUUUUCAUGCUAGUCAAAAGUUUUGGUUCCUCUUCAGGGUUGAGUGUUAGUUCAAACAUUACAACCUUAUUCUUAAGAUUUCCUAAUACUACUUUUUCCUAUGUUUGUUUUUUAACCAAAAGAUGAAAUCCUUUUUGUCUCCUUUUGAUAGGCUGUUGUUUACGACCACGACAUGACCAGGAUCAGCUCUUUGAUCAAGGAUGAAUCUGACCCAAGAGCUCUGGCCUACGUCUACCAAUACCAAGAUACCUGCUUGCUCUUCUACAUCAAGAUGGCCAACCUGGUAUAACAACACAAAUAAUACAUGAAAACAUAUGAGAAGUGUUACAUUAGACUAUACAGUAUACACGGAGCCAGUUUAUCUAUAAUAUGGAGCUAAUUUAAGGCUAAAAUGGUGAAAUACUCUCUUUCAAAAAUAUGGGAACACGAUGAAGGUUUGAAAUUCACUAAAAAGCUAAAUUUUAACCUCCAUGUCAUCCCCAUCUUACCUUACCUCAAUUUGACUGAUUGUGUUGUUAUAUUUUUAAGUUAAAUAUUGUAAUAGUCACAUUAUUGCAAUAUUUAAGGGCCAUGAAAACCAUGAGGUGAGUCUGAUAUGGUAAUAGCCCCACUUUGAACCAUAUCAAGACCCCUCUCAACGUCUGCUGGCUAUUACACUGAAGUACUGCUGUUUCUGUCUCUGAUCCAAAUCUGAUGUUUCAUCUGUGUUUUUCAGGCAGAUCCAGUCCUGACAGAUAUCAAGGAGGUUCGUCAGGGUGUGAACCAAGAGACACCACAGGAGCCCUCAGAGCCGCCGCCACCACAAGUGAGAGAAACUCCUCUUGUGUUUGAAUGAGUGUUUUAUUUUGUCUAACCCUGUUUGUCUGCUUUUACAGAAUAACUCUCUGCUGCUUCUAAAUGAUGGUCCAGCCCCAGAUCCUCAGGUAAAUGACAGAGUUACGCCUGAUUGUUGAACAUCACUUUGAAUAACUCUCCUCUUUUCAUCAAAUGUUUGUUUCCUUUCAGGUGCCAGUUUUGGAAGAUGUGUUCAGCCCACGCCUGGACGCUCCAUCAGAACAACCAAAUAUAGUAAUUGAAAACACAAUAAAAUACAAAAAUAAAAAGUUUGUUUGAUUUCAAGAUACAUGAUGUCAGAUAUAUAAACAUUUCUUCCAUUCUACCAUAUAACAAGACUGUGUUUUAUUUAUCUAUCUCUUCCUGCACAGGCGUCUUCCAGUAAUGAGCUGAUGGAGGUUUUUUCCAUCCAGAUGCAGGAUCCUCUAGUUCCUCCUCAAACCUCUUGUGCCAGUCAUUCCAGUGAGCCAGGUGAGUUUUAACACAAGAUCAGUCUGGAGCUGUUUUUGUGCCGAUAUGAUAUUAAAAUACCUGCUAUCAUCAUUAUACUGCACAGUUUUUUGUUUUUAUUUGUUUUUCCCAGACAAUUUGGGAUCACUAACUUCACUCCUGUUGACAGGUGUUUUUAACCCCUUCCCCCAUUUGGCAGUCGGAAAUAAUGUCUUUAUACUGCAAUGAAAGAAGAGAGAUUUUCAAGCUGUAUUUUUUAAACUGUCUACUUCUGUUGGGUUUAGUUUGAAGAUAGCUGCUGUAAGAAUUCUGCACAAAGAGCCUCACUCGGCUAUUUGCCUUCCCAGAGAAAGCUACAAGUUCCUGGGUUGGAUUACGUAACAUGCAAAUUAUAGUAACAUCAACACACAAGGCUACUCUGUCAUAAAUCUAUGGGCUAUAAAGCAGAUAUUCACCACUUCCCUUUUACCAACCGCUGGCUGACUUACUGUUGCCAAUCUUCAGUGUUGUUUAGUGAUCCACUCUGUGGUGAAGGAACUGGUUGAAUUGCUCCAAGAAGACAGAAGUGGUCAAAUCCUGCACUGAAAAAUUCACUGCAUUAUUUUUCUAACAUCCAAUGACAAAACCUCAGUCGGCAGAAGAUUACAGAUAUGGGCUUCGUUUGACUUCAAUAUGACAUCUGACUUUUGACCUGGAUGUGUCAGAGAAAUUUGCAGUGCCCCUAAAUGCACACAAAACUUUCCCAUGAUCCCCCCGCUCAAUUGCAUAAUCCCCUUGGUGCAGCUGAUAAGGAGUUAAGUGGCGGUCAAGUUAUAUUUUGGGGCAUUUUUUCUUGCAUUUGACAGGACAGCUGAAGAGAAAGAAACUUGAGGAGAUGUUAUGCAGCAAAUCGCCAUGGCCAGGGGUCAAGCUAGCGGCUGCUGCAACAAGGAAAAAAACCUCUGUUUGUGUGGCACAUGUUUAUGAUAGGACAAGGACCUCAGUCAGACAAGUGUUGAUUUAACAAGCAUACAGAAUGAGACAGGAAUGGGUGAAAAUGUCCACUUUGUAUAUUUCAACCUGUCACAGUUCAUCUCUGUAACGGUGAACUAACAAAUCGGUGUUAAAGUUUCUUCUUUUUCUCUUUUCUUUUCUCUCAGAGCCUCAAAAGCCGGUGCUCUCCACCUCUCAGAUCCUCUCCAUGUUCCCCACACAGCCAUUCGGUGGUUCUCCAUACUCCACUCCCCCGUACUCUCCCACCACCAUGCCCUGGGGCCAGCAAGGCCCUCUGGGAAAUCAGUGGGUGGGACAAGCCGUGCCACCCUGGCCCACAAUGCCCAACAAUAUGGCAGCAACAUGGGCACCAGGAGCACCCCCUGCUGGUGGUCAGAUCCAGGUUCUAGGCUCUCAACCCCAAGUCAUGGGAGGGGGAAACCCACCAGUUUCACCCACUGCUGUUAACGGGCACCCCACCGCCUUUAACCCUCUUUUGUACCCCCCUGGAGCAACAGGAGCUCCACAGCCAGUGUCUCCAAACUUUGACCAAAACUUGAGCUGAUUCAAACGGUAAAACUUCAUCAGCGUCAGAGCAAAAUGUCAUAUGGAUUUAUGUCUUUUAAUUGACAGGUUUACAGGCUUCCCUCUUAUGUUUUAUUUAUAUCUACAGAGUCACUUAAUAACACUGUGCUGUAAGCUUUUAAUCAGCUUAAAUAUUGAGGUGUUUUCAGGCCUACACUGGUUUGCCAGUAUUCCUAUUAUUGACAGCUAUGGUAGAGCUUCAUUAGAGACGUUAGAGCGAGCAUUACAAAUGUAACUACCAACAUCAAAUACUAAAAAAAAGCUUUUCAUCAAGAACUAAAUGUGAAGGUGAAUCUAGUUCUUUUCGUCUAUCAUCUAAUAUUUGUUCCAGAAAACGUGAAGAUUGUAACAAUCAGUCAAACCCACGAUGAGUGUAACAGUAUCACAAACAUCUUCAGUCUGUAAAAACUGGAAAAUAGUGGGAUUUAAGUAUCAGUUUCACACUUAAUGCCUUAAGCUGUUGAGUUAAAUUGAAAAGCAUAAUUACAGUAACACUAAUCCUACUAUAUUGUAUUUUUCCCUGUUUUAUUUGAUAUUCUGUAAAAACCUCUUCCAUGUAUUGUCCAUUAAAGUCGAUUUUAUAUAUCAGAUAUCUUAAAAUAAAUUAAUUUAAUCUCAUUUUGGUUUCUAUAGAAGUUUGACUGUGCAUAUUUCUGUAUCUCCGUUUAGUUUUUGCUCAUUUUAAUUUCUUUGCUUGUUUCUGACUUGAACCAAAGUACGUGUCCCGGGCGAUUCUUCUUAUUGACUCAUGUAGGAAACCAUUUUAGUUUUUAUCCAAAUUGACAUGAUUGUAUUUCAGUUCCUACAUGUUACAGAUAAUGAUUUCUCUAUAAAAAUGGUUAACUUUG